AUGCGGCCAUCACUCGCCACUGCGGUCUUGCCUCCCCGGACACGUACGCACAACACCCCCAACCUGGCGGUGGGGGGCCGUGAGCAUCUGUCGGCCCCCAGGAGACGCAGCCCCCACCUCCGCCACACCCUGAGCCCAGAGAACCUACGAACUCUGACCGAGAGGGGGGCGACCGCAGCGGCUGUGGACAAUGCGUCGGUGGUGAGCGGGCCGAUCGGACUGACGAGAGCCAACAGCGACACAGACCUGGUGACGUCGCAGAGCCGCUCCUCGCUCACGGCCUCCACCCUCGAGUUUACGUUGAACAGGGGUCAGAAUCUGGUUAUUUCCUGGGACAUCAAAGAGGAAGUGGACGCCACCGACUGGAUAGGACUCUACCACAUCGAUGAAACUAGUCCGUCGAAUGUGUGGGAUUGUAAGAACAGAGGCGUCAAUGGGACUCAGAAAGGACAGAUCGUUUGGAGACUGGAGGCUGGACCUUACUUCAUGGAGCCGGAGACAAAGAUAUGUUUUAAAUACUACCACGGCGUCAGCGGAGCCCUCAGAGCCACCACCCCCUGCAUCACCGUCAAGAACCCGUCUGUGCCGGCGUUCAUGGAGGGACUGGCGGAGCAGGUGGGGAUAGAACACCCACGGAAACUGAUCAGCUUUACUUUGACAGAUCUUCGAGCGACAGGUCUGAAAAAGGGAAUGUUUUUUAACCCAGACCCAUAUCUGAAAAUGUCCAUCCAUCCCGGAAAGAGGAGCGUAUUCCCAGUUUUCAGUCACCACGGACAGGAGCGGCGGUCGGCAAUAAUCGCCAACACCACCAACCCAGUGUGGCACAGAGAGAAAUAUACCUUUGUGGCUCUAUUGACGGAUAUCCUGUACAUAGAGGUAAAAGACAAAUUUGCCAAAAGUCGACCAAUCAUCAAACGCUUCCUGGGUCAGCUGACUAUACCAGUGCAACGCCUCAUCGAGAGAAUCCCAGGAGUUCAGCCUGUUAGUUUCUCUUUGUGCCGACGGUUGCCGACUGAACAUGUGAGCGGGCAACUUCAGUUCAAGGUGGAACUCACUACCACAGGUGCCUCCCCGGAGUCCAUCAUUGGUAUUUCUGCUUUGAACGGAGCUCCUGGAACUCCCUCCGACGAUGAAGACCUGCCUCACCAUCUUCCCGGAGUCUCCUCAGUGGCUCUUUCCCCCACGGGCUCUCAGGGCUCUCAGGGCUCUCCGGGGCCCUGGGACAGCGGAGGGGCCUCAGCCUACCCCGAGAAAGACCCUUCUCUGCUGGGUGCAGUUGGCAGAUACGCGGCCCCCAAGACCCGGUCACUACCUGAGGUUUUACAGAGGUCGUUUACAGAAGGACUGGACGCUAUCGAAGCUCCUAAAGGUCCUGGAGAGAGGCCGCUGGGAGCUGCUUCGCCCAAACUUCACUCUAGCUUCCCCACACACACACGACUUAGCGCAAUGCUACAUAUCGAUUCUGAUGAGGACGAGGAAAGAUCCGGAGCUACCGAUAUCCCCCCCGUCCCACUGUCCCCUCUCCUGCUCAACGGGGUGCCGCCUGAAGUCACCAUCAUGGAAGAGGAGGAAGACCCAUUCCCAGACGUGGAAUCGGACCAGCUGGAGAUGUCCAUACCCCAAGACGAGGUUCUGAGUCCUGGGUUGAUCGUGGGGAGUGCGAGCCCUCUCCUGGAGCUGGUCCCGGCCAUCGGUGAUAUGGACGAUGGCCUUGAUGCUGACGUGUUUUCGGAGGCGGAGGAGGCGCCCUUUGCGGAGGCGGUGUCCCAGAAUGCUUUGCAACAGGGCGGAGUGACGCAGGAAGAGUUGAGGGCACCGUUAGAGGACCAGUCUUCAGAUAUGGACUCCAUGGAAACAGCUCAUCAGACGGUCUUCUCCACCUCCGAAAGCUGCCCAGUGACGCUGACGACGGCUGCAGAGACAGCGGAGGGAGCAGAGGCAGCCAUAGACCCAGGGGGAGAGCGUGAGUCCCGUCCCCCUGCGGAGCCUCAGGUCACAAGGGGAGAUGCGGAGGACCAGCCUGGGCCGGUCCCAGAGGCUGCUGCAGAGGAUUCCCCAGUGACGCUGGAGCAGGUGGAGCUCAUCGCCGUGAGGAGGCUCAGUCUGCAGGCGGCUGGAGGAGAGGACACCACCACAGAUACCGACGCCAACGCAGACACCGACGGAGACGAAGGUUCUCACGUGAACGGCCACCCUGUGCGCUCCCUGCCCUCGGUUCGACAGGACAUCCAUCGAUACCAGCGAGUGGACGAGCCGCUGCCUCCCAACUGGGAGGCCCGGAUCGACAGUCACGGACGGAUUUUCUUUGUGGACCACGUGAACAGAACCACCACAUGGCAGCGCCCCACCGGCCCCCCUGCCCCCCAGGGCCUGACCCGCUCCAACUCCAUUCAGCAGAUGGAGCAGCUCAAUCGAAGAUACCAGAGCAUCAGGAGAACCAUCACCAACAGUGACAGAACCGAGGAGAGCGCCGCGGAACUGAUCCCCGAACCAGAAACAGAACUAUUGCCACAUUCACUCGCAGAGUACCGGCGGGACAGUGGCGUGGCCCAGUCCAGCGCUCGCUCUCGCCUCUCACUGCUGCUUCAGUCGCCCAGCGCCAAGUUCCUGUGCAGCCCCGACUUCUUUACCGUGCUGCAUUCAAACCCCAGUGCCUAUCGCAUGUUUACGAGCAACACGUGUCUAAAGCACAUGAUCAGCAAAGUGCGGCGCGACGCUCACUACUUCGAGCGCUACCAGCACAACCGCGACCUGGUCACUUUCCUCAACACGUUCUCCAACAAACAACUGGAGCUGCCCCGAGGCUGGGAGAUGAAGCACGACCACACGGGAAAGCCUUUCUUCGUGGAUCACAACUGUCGCUCCACGACCUUCAUCGACCCGCGGCUCCCCCUCCAGAGCUCGCGCUCCACCGGCCUCCUGGCUCAUCGCCAACACCUGAGCCGCCAGCGCAGCCACAGCGCCGGAGAGGUGGUGGACGACUCUCGGCAGACCUCCGCUCCUCUCCUGCCCCGGCCCUCCAGCACCUUCAGCGGAUCCAGUCGCAGUCAACACGACCUGGUGCCUGUCGCCUACAACGACAAAAUAGUUGCAUUUCUACGGCAACCCAACAUCUUAGAGAUUUUACAAGAGAGACAGCCAGAGCUCGCCAGAAACCAGUCUCUCAAAGAGAAAGUUCAGUUCAUUCGUAGUGAAGGUGUGACUGGACUCGCUCGUCUCUCCAGUGACGCUGAUCUCGUCAUGCUGCUGAGUUUGUUUGAAGAGGAGGUGAUGUCUUACGUGCCACCGUUGCUCCAUCCAGGUUACUCCCUCUCGUCCCCUCAGAGCUCCCCUGGGACCCAAAGAGCCAAUGCGCGCGCCCCAGCUCCGUACAAGAGAGACUUUGAGGCCAAACUCCGAAACUUUUAUCGCAAAUUGGAGACGAAAGGUUAUGGACAAGGCCCGGGGAAAGUGAAACUAAUCAUCCGGAGAGACCACCUUUUGGAAGACGCCUUUAACCAGAUCAUGUGCUACUCUCGGAAGGAUCUACAGAGAAGUAAACUCUAUGUCAGCUUUGUGGGAGAGGAUGGCCUGGAUUACAGCGGUCCGUCCAGAGAGUUCUUCUUCCUCGUUUCUCGGGAGCUGUUUAAUCCUUACUACGGCCUGUUUGAGUAUUCAGCCAACGACACAUACACGGUCCAGAUCAGCCCCAUGUCGGCCUUCGUGGACAACCAUCACGAGUGGUUCAGGUUCAGUGGGAGGAUCCUGGGCUUGGCUCUUGUGCAUCAGUAUCUGCUGGAUGCUUUCUUCACACGACCGUUUUACAAAGGACUCCUGAGAAUUCCAUGUGACCUGAGCGACCUGGAGUUUCUGGACGAGGAGUUUCACCAGAGUCUGCAGUGGAUGAAGGACAACGACAUCGAAGACAUGUUGGAUCUCACCUUCACCGUCAACGAGGAGGUGUUCGGACAGAUCACAGAGAGGGAGCUGAAGCCGGGGGGAGCUGGGAUCCCUGUGUCGGAGAAGAACAAGAAGGAAUACAUCGAGAGGAUGGUGAAGUGGAGGAUCGAGAGGGGCGUGGCCCAGCAGACCGAGAGCCUGGUCCGAGGCUUCUACGAGAGGGUGUCAUGCAGAGAGUGUCAUGCAGAGGGUGUCAUGCAGAGGGUGGUGUCAUGCAGAGGGUGUCAUGCAGAGGGUGUCAUGCAGAGGGUGGUGUCAUGCAGAGGGUGUCAUGCAGAGGGUGUCAUGCAAAGGGUGUCAUGCAGAGGGUGGUGUCAUGCAGAGGGUGUCAUGCAGAGGGUGGUGUCAUGCAGAGGGUGUCAUGCAGAGGGUGUCAUGCAGAGGGUGGUGUCAUGCAGAGGGUGUCAUGCAGAGGGUGUCAUGCAGAGGGUGUCAUGCAGAGGGUGUCAUGCAGAGGGUGGUGUCAUGCAGAGGGUGUCAUGCAGAGGGUGUCAUGCAGAGGGUGUCAUGCAGAGGGUGUCAUGCAGACGGUGUCAUGCAGACGGUGUCAUGCAGACGGUGUCAUGCAGACGGUGUCAUGCAGAGGGUGUCAUGCAGAGGGUGUCAUGCAGACGGUGUCAUGCAGACGGUGUCAUGCAGACGGUGUCAUGCAGAGGGUGUCAUGCAGAGGGUGUCAUGCAGACGGUGUCAUGCAGACGGUGUCAUGCAGACGGUGUCAUGCAGACGGUGUCAUGCAGACGGUGUCAUGCAGACGGUGUCAUGCAGAGGGUGUCAUGCAGAGGGUGUCAUGCAGACGGUGUCAUGCAGACGGUGUCAUGCAGACGGUGUCAUGCAGAGGGUGUCAUGCAGAGGGUGUCAUGCAGACGGUGUCAUGCAGACGGUGUCAUGCAGACGGUGUCAUGCAGACGGUCAGUGAAUGUGAGUGUUGUGCCGGUGCAGGUGGUGGACGUGCGGCUGGUGUCGGUGUUUGACGCUCGGGAGCUGGAGCUGGUGAUCGCAGGAACAGCUGAGAUCGACUUGUCGGACUGGAGGAACAACACCGAGUACAGAGGAGGUUACCAUGACAACCACAUAGUGAUCCGCUGGUUCUGGGCGGCCGUGGAGAGAUUCAACAACGAGCAGAGACUGAGGCUGCUGCAGUUCGUCACGGGUACGUCCAGUAUUCCUUACGAGGGCUUUGCAUCACUUCGCGGCAGUAACGGACCUCGGCGAUUCUGUGUAGAGAAAUGGGGGAAGAUCACCUCAUUACCCAGGGCUCACACUUGCUUUAACCGCCUGGACCUCCCCCCGUACCCCUCGUUCUCAAUGCUCUACGAGAAACUUGUGACGGCCGUGGAGGAGACCAGCACUUUUGGCCUGGAGUAG